ACAUUGAAUUUUCAACAUUGACACGCAACUCCGAAGCACUGCAGGGGAACAAAUCAAUGCAGAAAACUGUUGCCGCGGAGAGUUAUCACAUAAGUUCCGAAACCCUUCGUCUCUCUACUUCUCUCCCUCUCUAUUGUUUCUACCUCUUGUUCUGUCUCUGUUUCUUGAUCUUGAAACCAUGGUCAAGUCUUUCAAGAGCUCAGCAUCUCUACAUGUCCUCUUUUCACUGCUGUUUCUUCCUUAUGCUAGCUCAAUCUAUUUCAAACUACCCCGCUUUGAACCGAAUGCAGGGAACAUACUCUAUCAGGGAGACGCAGCCCCUUCCAUUGGAGCAAUUGAUCUAAUUAGCACGCGUGCUUUUGUAUGCCGGGUUGGCUUGGCCACCUAUGCUCAAAGGGUACCGCUCUGGGACUCUAGUACAGGAAAGCUCACUGACUUCACAACUCACUUCUCAUUCAUCAUUAACACAGAUGGUUACCCUACUUAUGGCCAUGGAAUUGCAUUCUUUCUCGCUCCUGUUGGAUUUCAACUCCCACCAAAUUCAGUUGGUGGCUUUCUAGGCUUGUUCAACACAACAACCAGUGACUCCUCCGGCAACAAGAUUGUUCUAGUUGAGUUUGACUCCUUUAUAAACCCUCAAUGGGAUCCUGGUUAUCAGCAUGUAGGGAUUAACAACAACUCAAUUGCUUCUUCUGUCUCAACCCCUUGGAAUGCUAGCUUACACAGUGGAGACACCACUGAUGUAUGGAUUGUCUACAAUGCAACAACUAAAAAUCUUAGUGUUCACUGGAGCUACCAAAAUACCUCGACUCCAAAAGAGAACACUACCAGUCUUCAUUACCAGCUUGAUCUCAAGAAAAUUUUGCCCGAGUGGAUCACAAUUGGAUUUUCAGCUGCUACUAGUCAGUUUGGGGAGCGAAAUCGGGUUGUUUCAUGGGAGUUUAGUUCAACUUUGGAUAGAAAAGAAACUACUGGAAAGAACUCAAAGAAGAAAGUAGUGGUGGGUUUAACAGUUUCGGGUGUUCUGAUAGCUGGGAUAUUUAUAGUGUUGCUUGUGGUGUUGCGAAGGAUGAAGCAAAAGAAAAGGCAAACUCCAGAGACAGAGAACUUAAACUCGAUGAAUGAAGACCUUGAAAGAGGAGCAGGACCGAGACGGUUCUCUUAUACAGAUCUUGCUACAGCUACUAACAAUUUCUCUAAUCAGAGGAAGUUAGGGGAAGGGGGGUUUGGUGCUGUUUACAGGGGCUACUUGGCUGAUUUAGAUACGGUAGUAGCGGUGAAGAAAAUCUCAAGUGGGUCUAGGCAGGGAAGAAAGGAGUACAGAGCUGAGGUCAAGAUUAUAAGCAGCUUGAGACACCGAAAUCUGGUGCAACUCAUAGGAUGGUGCCAUGAUGGAGGACAAUUCCUACUAGUGUACGAGUUCAUGCCAAAUGGUAGCCUUGAUGCUCACCUAUUUGGGAAGAGUAGAUCUGCUCUCUCCUGGGCCAUGAGAUACAAGAUAUCUCUGGGAUUGGGCUCUGCACUGCUUUAUCUUCAUGAAGAGUGGGAGCAAUGUGUUGUUCACCGGGAUAUUAAAUCAAGCAAUAUCAUGCUAGAUUCCAGCUUUAAUGUCAAACUCGGUGACUUUGGGUUAGCUCGGCUAGUGGACCACGAGCUAGGUCCCCAAACAACUGGAGUGGUUGGGACGCUAGGUUACAUGGCUCCAGAAUAUUUCAGGACAGGUCGGGCUAGUAAAGAGUCGGAUGUUUAUAGCUUCGGGGUGGUCAUCUUAGAAAUCGUCACUGGUAAAGGGUCAGUGGAUCGUAUGGGAGAGGAUUCAGAAAUGGGACUGAUAGAGUGGGUUUGGGACCUUUAUGGGAAAGGAAAUUUUCUUAUGGCAGUGGAUGAGAAGCUGCACUCGGACUAUAACGAGAAGCAAGCAGAGUGCAUGAUAGUUGUUGGAUUGUGGUGUGUUCACCCUGAUAAAAGCUUAAGGCCCUCAAUAAGGCAAGCAGUUCAUGUUCUGAACUUUGAGGCAGCAUUGCCAAAUGUUCCUCCAAAUAUGCCUGUUCCUACAUAUCAGGUACCUACACCAUCAGUCAGCUCUGGUGAACCCCUUAUAACUACAAGUCUUGAAGAAGGUCGUUGAACAACAUAUGUGCACUAUCCCAGUUUUGCAAAUUUGUAUACAGAAUUACAGAUCAUUCUUUGGUUUGCCUUUUGUUUUAAGAGAUCCUGAUUGUUUGUAUUCCCUUUAUGCUUGAAAAUACUCAUUUCAUUUUAUCGAUUAAACUUUGUUCACAACA